AUCGCGCAGGUCGCCUGUUAUGUUUUCUCAGUAAAGGCCAGGCGUAUAUUCGGGGCAUGUUUGAGGAGAGACUGGGCUACAUGAGGCACUUAAGAGCAGUGGAAGAAGCAGACCCAGCCAUGGCUUCGGCUCCUAUAGCGCCUUACAACUCCAGUCCUUUUGUGAACAGCUCCAGCCAAAAUACAUCCAGAGAGAGUCUGAAGAUGGAGCCGCUGGCAGAUUUUGCGUCACUGCCGGGAGAAGAGAGAAUUAUUGAUAAAGACAUCAUCUACAUCUGCCCAUUUAAUGGUGCGCUGAAAGGAAAGGUGUUUAUCACCAACUACAGACUCUACUUCAAGAGCACUGACACAGAGACGCUGGUUACUUUGACCGUGCCCUUAGGUGUCAUAAGCCGCAUAGAGAAAAUGGGAGGAGCCACCAGUCGAGGAGAGAAUUCUUACGGGCUUGAUAUCACCUGCAAGGACAUGAGAAACCUACGAUUCGCUCUGAAGCAAGAAGGCCACAGUCGAAGGGACAUUUUCGAUAUUCUUUUCAAAUAUGCAUUUCCUCUAUCUCACGGAAUGCAACCCUUUGCUUAUCUGAGUCAGGAGAAGUAUGAGGAGAAUGGCUGGAGCGUUUAUGAGCCCAUGGAGGAGUUCAGGAGGCAGGGUCUGCCCAAUAAUGAAUGGAGGAUCACUUUCAUCAAUAAGAGCUACGAGUUGUGCGACACCUAUCCCACGAUUCUUGUUGUUCCAUAUAAGGCCCCAGAUGAGGAUCUAAGAAGAGUGGGUACCUUUCGAUCUCGCUGCCGCAUCCCGGUGUUGUCAUGGUUCCAUAAGCAGAACCACGCUGUGAUUACACGGUGCAGUCAGCCUUUGGUAGGCAUGAGCGGAAAGCGUAACAAAGACGAUGAACGUUAUUUGGACUUAAUCCGUGAGGCCAAUGGUACCGCAAAACUCACCAUCUACGAUGCCAGGCCCAACGUCAAUGCUGUGGCGAACAAGGCCACAGGCGGGGGUUACGAGGGCGAAGAUGCAUAUCAGAAUGCUGAGCUGGUCUUUCUGGACAUCCAUAAUAUCCAUGUAAUGAGAGAAUCAUUGAAGAAACUAAAGGAUAUUGUCUACCCUAAUGUGGAGGACUCCCAUUGGCUCUCCAGCUUGGAGUCCACCCACUGGCUAGAACAUAUCAAGUUGGUGUUAUCGGGGGCCAUCCAGGUGGCAGAUAAAGUGUCGUCUGGUAACUCUGUAAUGGUUCACUGUAGUGACGGCUGGGACCGUACGGCUCAGCUCACUUCUCUGUCCAUGCUGAUGCUGGAUUCCUACUACAGAACUCUACAGGGCUUCCAAGUGCUGCUGGAGAAGGAAUGGAUCAGCUUUGGACACAAGUUUGCUUCGAGAAUCGGUCAUGGAGACAAAAAUCAUGCGGAUCAGGACAGAUCACCUAUCUUUUUGCAAUUCAUCGACUGUGUCUGGCAAAUGACGAAGCAGUUCCCGACAGCAUUCGAGUUUAAUGAACGUCUCCUGAUGGUAAUCUUGGAUCACUUGUACAGCUGCCGAUUUGGCACUUUCCUCUUCAACUGCGAGAGUGCCCGUGACACCAAUGACGUUCGGACAAAGACUGUGUCUCUGUGGUCUAUGAUCAACAGUGACACAGCCUCAUAUACAAACCCCUUCUACACGCCAGAGUCAAGUCGCGUGCUUUAUCCUGUAGCCAGCAUGCGCCACCUAGAGCUCUGGGUGAAUUAUUACAUCCGCUGGAACCCUCGCAUACAACACCAGCAACAGAGUCCAGUGGAACAGCGUUAUAAGGAACUAUUGGCGUUGAGGGAUCAGUACCUGAAGAAACUGGAGGAACUGCAGCUCACAGACUCCACCCCAUCCUCCACCCACUUGACAAACAGCUCCACCCCCAAUGCUGCCACGCCCAAUCAGCACAUCACACACUUACAAACACCAUUUUGAUUGAUCUCGCAAAAGCAUACAGACAUGGAACGUGUGUACAUAGCAAUAGUAGUAAAUAUGGUAACACGAUUAGUAGUGACGUCAGUUCUGACGAGUAAAAAAACAAUUAUGCAAUAAAUCACAGUACAGCCUUCAUCGCGCAAAAAAAAGUUAAACACGGACGAUGAGAAAAGCCUUAAAGUAUAACAGUGCUGUUAGUUUCGUGCUGCUUACCAUGGACAGAAGUAUUUGAAAUUGUGUACGCGUAUCCCAGAAACCACUUGGAUACUGUUUGGAAUGCUCAUGUGAGGACUGAAAGCGAUCUAGUUGGAUGGAUGUAGGAUGUGGUUUAUUUGUUGAGUUAUGCAUGUUAGGAACUAAACUGAUUAGAUCAGGAAGAGCUGAAACAUUUUUGAAUGUUGAGCACUGGUAAGAUGUUUGUAAGGUUUUAAAAGUGCUGGUUUUGUUCUUUUUGGAGAGCUAUGAGCUUCAGGCUGUUUAUUGUCUUGUCUAUCCAGUGUCAAGCAGGGUCCUCAACCUUUGGAUGAGCAAUUGUUUCAAGUGUCAGUUUACUGAAUGAUGGACUGAUGGCUGACCAUGAAAGGUCAGGGAAGCCGAUGCGUAACGUUAAUGUCUUAAUUUUCCUCCAUAAAUGUUACUCGCUGCUCAGGUGGGUGAACAAUAUGGAGGAACAUUUCCUGAACAUUUGAUCAGAACCAGGGUUUUUUUUAGAGAGUGACAGAGAGACCAUUUCUGUGCCUUUACUCAUAUCUGAGGUUUUCAGGUGUAUAUUUUAUAGACAAACUUUGUUUCGUCAUGGCAGCAUCAGUGUUUUCCAUUUACUGUGUGUUUAGUGACGGGAAUGAUUCCUCUCCUGUGAGCUCAGAUGAGAGAAAGCCGAAUGUACGGGUGGCUUGGGGUUACCCCUCAAAAUGACAUGCAGUUGCCACGGAAAAUCACAAUUCAGUCUCUGAUAGUAUUGCUUCCGAAGAGACGGAGCAUCUGAGUACUGCAUUGUCGGUUGGGAUAUGAAGCAGUGUGUUUGAGCUGUCACCAGAUCAGUUUUUUCUUCAGUACAGGAGCUGUGGCUGAUAUGGGAUAUUAAGUAACUUAACAUGAUGUCGGUUACUGUGAGUCGUUGCAAAUGCUGCCUCCGCAAACUGAACUUCUAAAGAGUUUGACCUCAAUGAGGAUAUGAAGUUUAAAGUGUGUGACGAAGAAAAUGUUCAAUAAACAAGCAAACCACAUGAGGUUGAUUGUUUUAAGAGGAAGAAAUUACAAAAAAAUCUAUUUUUAUUUUGUAAAAGUACCAGAACUAUGUAAUUACCUCAAAAAAAACUAUUUUACUGUUGAAAGUUCUAUUGUUGUAAAAUAUAGUUAUUUUAUGCCGUGUACAAUUUGACAGGUUUUAUAAAAAGGAAAGUAAUUAGAAAUAUGUUUUUGGCUGGUUUUGUUAACUAGGUAAUUUGUUGGACAUCCUCUUAUAGUUUCUUUUUUCUUUGUUUUUGUAAUGGGCAUUUAGAUUUUGCUUUGUAACAUUUUAAAGAUCUGAUUCUGUAGGAAUUCUUUAGUUCUCAAUUCGUUGGAUCAAUGCAUGAGAUUGAGUGAAGGAAAGCUGCACUCUUCUUCUGACAUUUUCUUAAGUUAGAUAUGAUAGUUUAAAGGGAUCUAUUUGUGUUUUGUAUUCCCUCAUGUAUCCUUUAUUUGUUGGCCAACUGUUGUUAUGUACAUAAUGCUGAUUAAAUUAAUUUAAACAAU